AAGGAAAGUUCAUUGAAAUCAUUUAUAGGGUUUAAAACAUUGAAUUUGAGACGUGAUUACACCAUUUGAAUGAUUUUUCCUUGAACUUGCCAGACGAGCAGUUAUGUGAAACUGACAAGGCUUGUUUUUUUGCUGUAAAUGCAGUUUCGCUGCUCUCCGUUAAAGCUUCAUUGUCGACGUUAGUUGUUUUGUUGUAACUGCCUUUGCGCAAUAGGAUGACUCGUCCGUUUUAAUGCAUUCAAUCAUAUUUUCACACUACGAGUGUCUUUAAUAUUGUUAAUGUGUCCGUUAAAAGAUAGAAGUUUAAGAUUUUUGUCGUUAACGUCGACGUAUUUCAACGGCACUUUUCUUUCGUGACAACAACGCUGCUUCGCCUGAAGUUUUCCGACCCGUGAAAAGCGAGAGUGGACAUGAUGGUUUGGGAGGUGGUGACCCCAGCUGUGCGGUCCAGCGACACCAGGCAGAACGUGCGGGAAUCAGAGCCUCAGGGUGAUCACACAGGAGUGAUGAUGGAUGAAGAUGGAAACCAAUCACGUGGCCUGCUUUGCUGUGAGGAACGCCUCCCCUCCUCACCUGGCUGCCCCACCAGCGACAGUCAUAUGGAAUAUGAUGACCUUCCAGACCUGCAGGAGGUUCAGGAGGAGGCGGGGCCAGCAGCGCAACCUGUCUACCAGGUGAAUGUGGGUGUGUCUCACCAGGAGCGACAUGCACACGCACAGCCUCCUGACACACUCUGGCUGACGCAGCUUGCUCACAUCGCCACGGGGCCUCAGAGCCCACUGCUACAGGAGCCGACUCACAGCAGCUCCUCCUCAGUCUGCCUCCCCAGAACCAGCAAUAAUCUACAUUCCUACGCUCGGCCUCCUCCACUUCUUCCCAGCAGAACCUUGUCGCCCCCUAGAGGUCAUGGCAGGGAGCACAGGCGCAGCAGGAAGAGCAGUGAAUGCGGUUCCGGAGUGUCGACCAGAUCUUCCCUGUCUGAUGAUGAAGACAUGGGCUGGAGCUUCUCCUGGCCACCCACUGCCUGGCACUGCUUUCUCAAAGGCACUGUCCUGCGCUUCCACAGUGGCUCUAAUGUGGAGUGGCAGGACGUGGAGGACCUGGAUUCUGCUGAGGAAGACAGUGCUGAUGAGGAGCAGUCAGUAUCCCUGAAGAGUUAUGGCACUGAGGGUCUGCAGCUGGUGGAGCAUUCAGAGAUUGUGUUGUCUGGUCAGGCCGUCCUGCAGCUCACCUUUGACCCCGGGGCAUUCGGAAGCACCCCCAUGACCGCCCGGUGCCAACUCGAUCACCCCUUCUAUGUCAAAAACAAAGGCUGGUCGUCAUUUUACCCGAGCCUGACUGUGGUGCGUCAUGGGAUACCGUGCUAUGAAAUGGAGGUGGGAGGCGUGUGCCUUCCUCCGGGACACAGAGAUGCCAAACACACCGAUGACUCACCGGUCUUUGACACAUUCAGGAGUUAUGAUUUCACUCCUCUGGACUCCUCUGCUGUAUACGUGUUGAGCAGUAUGGCCAGACGGCGGCGGGCCUCCCAGUCCAGCGGGGGAGCUGUUUCUCCAGACAGACACACAUCACAAGACGCCCACAGUCCCGGUCACUCCAACUCUCCUCUUCUGAAACCAACCAAAGGCCAGAAUACCAGCACAGUAGGAAGUAAUAACGUCACGGCCACUAAGUGCAAGCGGCCAAUGAACGCCUUCAUGCUGUUUGCCAAGAAGUUCAGGGUGGAGUACACACAGAUGUACCCCGGCAAAGACAACAGAGCAAUCAGUGUCCUCCUUGGUGAGCGCUGGAAGAAAAUGCGAAGUGAGGAGCGUCGGGCGUUCACCAUACAGGCCAAAGUCCUCGCAGACGAACAGAAAAGACUCAACCCAGACUGCUGGAAACGCAAACGAACCAACUCGGGUUGUCAAGGAAAUUGAGGAUGCAGACGAGAGAACGAAUAGCAUGGCCUGUAGGGGUACAGACAGACAGACACACACACGCAGAUGUUCAGAAGUGACAAGGAAAAGGAGCUAUGCAUAUUCUAAAACUAUGCUCGAGAAUUAUAUUUUGUUAACAGACUUGCUUUAAUCUCCCAAAGAGGGAGAAGGAUUAGAUUCUGUCUUUUUAAAGACUCCCGUCACAGUAAAAAGAGCAGCAGAGUCUACUUCCUGCGGACUUUCUGAGGAACUCUCAAAGUAUGCGUCUUCCCUAUUGCUUAUAAAAGGUGCCAAAAUGCAACAUUUUAAAGCGGUAUAAAUCAUUAUCUAUUGGUAGUAAUUGUAACAAGUUAUAAGCCAUUACAUGUUGAAUGUUGCAGAGCACCAUAGCAUCUCCCUACAGAGGGGACAUGACAACAAAAUCAUAAAGCAGAUCAGUGGAUUUUAUGUAUGACUGGAGCUCGCAAGUGAUUUUACACAAUGUGACAAUAAAAAAAAAAAGAGAUUCUGAUCAUUUUCAGUUUCUCAUCAUAUGCUUGAAACAGGUGGAAGUUGUGGUGCUGUAGCAUUUUAGGUAGAGAAUGUAGCAAUUAUCCCAAAAUUAUAUAUAAAGUUAUAUAGAGUAUUUUCUUGCCUGUGUUACUUGCAUUUGCACUCAGUGUAUUGCACAAAACUACAUAUUUUAACUUUGCUUUCAUGUCAUUUACUAUGUCAUGUUUAGUUAUUAAACAAAUGUACAUCGUAAAUUCUCAAAUAGGGGUCCUGAGGUUUUAAUGAUUCCAAUUUGAGAUCCCAACCGAGAUGGCAGUAGGGGAAACUGAAGCAGUUCGUGUCCAGAUUCCCUUUGCUUCUGCUGUCGUUUCAAUAAGCAGACUUUUCCACGACAGCCAGUAUAGCAGAGAUACUGCAAUGGCCUUUUAUUUAUUUUAUGGCUUUUAUUUGAGAAUUUAUGAUAAUUAAUGCGUAUUGUCACAAAGGAUAUAAGAUCACAUGGGCUUGUUACAGACGAUUGCCAUUAUAGCACAGGCUGCAGGAUGACACGAGGACUCGAUUUGAAAUUGUCAGACAUCACCUACACUGCUGAAGGGUCCUUGAGCAAGACGCUGGAUCACAGCAGCUGUAGGGGGGCAAACACACUCUCAGUGCAGGAAUUCAUAUAAUGUGAUUGCUUUAGAUUCUAACAUUUGUAUGUGCCAUUACACAGUUUCUCAGCUGUGUGUUAAGUACAGUAUGUUUGUGUAUAAUCAAAGAAGCGUUAAUACAGGUGAGGGUUGACGAAGGUUUGUGACGAGGGUCCGUUUCUGGCCUCAGGCGGGCGGGUGGUGUUCACACUGAGAAAACAUUUUGUGGCAGGUGAGGUGAACAGACAGAUGAGGUAAAUUGUCUGAGACAAAAUCACUCCGAGUUGACACUGCUCAACAAUUAUUGUGAACAAUGGGAACUAAUAAACUACUCAUUUGAUAUUAUCAAGAAUGAGGAAAAAAUACAAGGCAUUGUUUUCUUAAUCAGGAUGUUGGGGAACUGAGGUCAAAAAUACAACAGAUUGUUUAUCUGAACUCUUCAUUCAGUUCUUGGUCUAGUCUCUUACAGUAGCACCUUUGGCUCAGGUAAUGGAAGUCUAAGGAAAUCUUUGCUCGUUGGUCCUUGUAGUCCAGACUCACGCCUAUUGAGUUUGAAAGCAUCACAAAGAGCUGUGAGAAUUCACUGUCUGCACAGUGAGACGGCUUGAUCCCACAUGGACUUGGAUCAGAAAGGCUUAGCAAAGUCUUUGAGGGUGGAAAUCAGUGUUGCACACCUGCUUGAAAAAUGUUUCAUCUUAAAAUGAAGCCUGGCUCUUUCUAGCUACUUAUUGUGUAUUACAAAUGUAUGUUCUGGACCACUUUUUACUUGAGAAAAACGCCUGUCAGCUAACAGGUCGGCUAAUUUCUAAAAUGUCACAGCUGAAACACAAGGACACUUGAUGCGGAGCAAAAAUGCUAAAUAAAAGCCCGGCUUGUGUUAAUGUAGUGAUAUGUCGCAUAUCAUUUAGAAACUGAAUAGCAUGUGUGAGCCCAAAUGUGUGAGGCUUUAGAAACGUCACAACUGGGCGAGUUAUUUUCAUGCAGAGUGCGAAGGUGGGGUGCGGUUGAGAAAGUGAUGUUUUAACAGAAAUAGUGAAAUUCUCACAGGGUGGACACUUAUAUUCUCACUGCAUAACGAGGUUUAUUCUUAAUGCACUAUAUACACUUUAUCUUAUGUGACUGCUACAGUAUAAUUAGCAAAUAUUAAUAUGAUUAUAUAGAAAUAUGUAUUUUUGGAUUUAAUCUUUGUUAACCUUUCAAGGUUGUGCAUUGAUUAUUUUGUUUGUCUUUACUAUCAUGUCACGUGCAGGUAGAUCAGGGGAGACAAUGCAAUAUAAUGUAUUAUGGUAUAAAUAAAAGCAUGAUAACUCUGU